AUGGACAGGUCUUUCUAUUUCUCCCCGAUCAUGAAGAUUUUAAACAAUUCUGAAAGUCAAAAUGAUGCCAGGAGCCUUUCGGCCACUUUGGGGAGAGACCUUCCAGACAGCAUUGCAGAGGACCUCAUGAUUAAGCAUUUGCUUUUGGCCUUUCAAGGGAUCGACAGCAGCACUUUUCAUUUUGAUGCAAAAAAACACUCCUACGCCAUCGAUGAUUCGGUUCAGUGCACGUUGGCCACCAAGGAGCUGGUGACAAAUCUUCUUGUCGGUGCGUCUGCUAUCCGAUCUUUACAAAAUUGCAUUGGCAUUUGUUCUGCAUCUUGUUCACCUUCCCUGCUGUUAAAGAUGAUUAAACCUUGGCUUGGCUUCGUUUAUAACUGGAUGUCUAACGGUGGCAUCCUAAGCCUAGAUGAUGGCGACGAUUUUUUCAUCUCCGAAAAUGCCGAUGUGCAUUUUGAGGACGAUACUUCAUGGACUUUCAAAUACGUGCUUUCAGAUGACCUUCCCGAAUUUGUUUCUCUAGACGAUGCCAAAAGAAUCGAAGCAUUCAUUCGCCAUUUUGAACUUUUGCCAAAGCAGGAAAACGGCAAAGCUAAACAAGAUCAUGACGCCCUUGAAAACGUGGGAAGCAAUUUUGAUCGCUUUUCAUGUGUUGUUCAAAAAAUAUACACCGAAAGGUCUCGCCUUUUAUUCAGGCUGUUUUUUCCCACCACCGUGGCAUCCAUGCAACGUGCAAAUGGAGAUUCAUUUUGGAGCCAUAUCCUGUUUUUGAAAAAGGUGUUUUUUUGCGAACGAGGAGAUUUUUGCAAGGCAUUGAUAACUUCGCUGGCAUCUGAGCUUGUCAAGCCCAGCGUGCAAGUUUAUAGACACAAUCUGGUUGGCUCUAUCGACUCGAUUAUCAACGAGUUUCUUUGUCCAUACGACCCUUCGUGGCUUACCGGGCGUUUGGACGUUCGUCUUUUAAAGGUACCCCGUUGGUGCUCAUGGUUUUCCCCUAGUCCGGCAAUUCGCAAUCGCAAACGGGAUGGGAAUCAUUUACCCUUGAUUACCAGGUCGAUUCUCCUCUCAAUCUGGUGCUUACCGGAGUCCUGGAAGGCAUGGUUUUCCCUAUUUCGGAAGAUUAAUUCGAGCAGGCACGACAAUGUGCUUCUAUUGCCGCCAUUUUCUCCGCUGGUUUUCAACAGGGUUUGUACCAUGAUAACUGGGAUGCUUUCUUUCAUUCGGCAAAUUUUAUUUUUCAUCCAAAUCUUCACCAUCGGAGGCGCCUGGGAUCAGUUCGAUGGUGCCUUGCCUUUUUGCAAAACAUUUGAUGAUGUUUUGGGGGCCCAUUCUGCCUUUAUUUCCAAAGUAGCUGUUACGGGCGUGUUCUCAACCUCUGCGGAAGGGGGGUCUUCCCCGCUUCGGUAUGUCCAACAAAAGCUUUACCAACUGCUCCAUCUGAUAUUGGCGGCACUAUAUGACUCCAUUGUACAGAAGCACCUUCUUACGGAUUCUAUUAUCAACACGAUGGAGGAAAGAACCAGAAAGGGUCUUUGGUCCAUUUCCACCGACGAUGAGAUUGGAAUUAUUUCCGAAAAUAAUUCCAUCAAUCAGAGCCAGGACGAGAUUUUGGCGCAUUUACAGCGCCUAUGGCUCCAAUUUACAUUUGAAAUGGAAAACUUUAACCACCUGUUGCUGGAUGUGUCCAAUGAAAAGAACCACAUCCGGCCUCUUCAAAGUUUGCUUUUCAAAUAA